AUGUCAGCAAUGUCUGAGCCUCUUCCAACGGAACAGGCGGAUUACUUGAUGCAAGUAGAAACGUCAUCUGAUCCAUUGACUGAAUCUACAACUCCACCGGCGGAUAAUGACUUUAUAAGAAACAAAGUGGAACAGAUGGCGAAGGAAUCUGCACAAUUACAAACAAUGCAAGACGAUAUAGAUAAGGAAACACCAGCCGAGAAGGAACGGAAGGACAUUGAUUCCCGAUCCAUUUUCAUUAGUAACGUUGACUUUUCUGUCACUCCAGUUGAACUUCAAGAACAAUUUGCCAGCUGUGGGGUUGUUAAGCGAGUGACGAUCUUGACUAAUAAGUUCACAGGACAACCCAAAGGGUAUGCGUACCUUGAGUUUGAAGAAGGCGAGAGUGUUGGAAGAGCCAUUGAUCAGUUCGAUGGAAGUGUAUUCCGAGAACGAGAGUUGAAGGUUACUAUGAAGAGGACCAAUGUGCCUGGGUUUGGUGGGGGGCAUAGAGGUCGUGGGGGUGGACGUGGGGGUCGUGGAGGAUUUGGACGUGGAAGAGGUAGAAGCGGAUUUAGAGGUGGAUUUAGAGGUGGUAGAGGUGGAGCUCCUAGAUUUAACCCAUAUUAG